AGCAGGCGGGGUCCUUUGAUGGGGGUAUAGCCGCGCACCGCGUCAUCAACGGCCUUUCCACCGAGAUCCUGAGCGAUGGGGAAAUGCCGAGGCCUCCGCACAGCCAGGAAACUGCGCAGUUUGCGCCGUGAUCAGAAAUGGCACGACAAGCAGUACAAGAAGGCCCACUUGGGGACUGCCCUGAAGGCCAAUCCGUUUGGCGGGGCUUCUCACGCCAAAGGAAUUGUCCUGGAAAAAGUUGGUGUUGAGGCUAAACAGCCAAACUCUGCCAUCCGAAAGUGUGUCCGAGUUCAACUUAUCAAGAAUGGCAAAAAAAUCACAGCUUUCGUACCAAAUGAUGGUUGCUUGAACUACAUUGAGGAAAACGAUGAAGUUCUGGUUGCUGGAUUUGGACGUAAAGGCCACGCUGUUGGUGAUAUUCCUGGUGUUCGCUUCAAGGUGGUCAAAGUAGCCAACGUAUCUCUGUUGGCCCUGUACAAAGGCAAAAAGGAAAGGCCAAGAUCUUAAAAGGGCUCAGUGUAAUGACACAAGUGAAAAUAAAACAUUUUAAAAUGUGAA